AUCAGGGAGGAUCAAACUACCUAGGUUGACCCCUGAGCCUCUCUGCCUCCCCUCAAGGAUACAGGUUGCAUACUAGGGACACCAUCACAGUACUCCUGGUUUCGGCCACCCUUCCCAAAGCCACAAUGUCACAAUUCUGUACAAUGCCAACUGGAGAGAGGAAGAUGCAUGCAGCAGCUAUUUGCCGAGAAGUCCAUGGUACCAAUGGGGACGUAAUGGACCUGGGAAAGAAGCUCAGCACUCCCAAAGACAUUAUGUUGGAGGAGUUAUCAUUGCUUUCCAACAGAGGUUCCCGUCUUUUUAAAAUGCGCCAGAGGAGAUCUGACAAAUACACAUUUGAAAGUAUCCAAAAUGAAGCAAAUAAACAGCUAAAUAGUGAUAUUUUAACUGAGAAUGCAAACAAUGUUGAAAACGUGGAUGUAGAUAAAACAUCUCCCAACACACCAGGCCACGGAAAUGCUGCAAAUCCCGACGGCACUGCUCCAGAUGCAGCUGCAGAGAAGUUCAACACAGCUAUGCCCAAGUCCUAUCACUCCCCGUGGGAGCAGGCGAUCCUCAGUGACCCAGACCUGGCUGAAACCCUCAAACUUCAAAUGCCUGUCCCAGAGCCUCGGCAAGAUCUUCCCGACUACAAAUGCUUUAACCGGGUUGCCACCCCUUUUGGUGGUUUUGAAAAAGCUCCCAGAGGAAUCACUUUCAAACUCCCUGAAGUGGACCUGAACCCCCCUAAGUACCCAGAGCUCCAGGACCCAGGGGUGAAGCGGCCCACCUUCAACAGGACGGCCCAGGGUUGGAUAUCUGACGGCAGCCCGAUUAUUCUACCCACUAUUCCUCUGGAGCCCAUGGCUGUCCCCGAGUCCGAUGACCUCUAGAUGGGCCUUGUGUCACCUGGCAACAUGAUCUUAGCUGUAAUAUUUUGGUCUCUCCUGCGACUGCAGAGUGUUGGUCAGUUAGUAACUUGGUUUCUCUCCAUACUUGGUUCAGCAACCAUAACAUCUAGAUUCAGUUCAGGACAAAAAUCACUGACUUAGAUUUUUGUGCCAGCAGACCUCCUUAAAAUUUGAUGGCAUUGACAGUAUGUAAUUAAAUUUUUGUUGAUUUUCCCAUGCAAUGAACAACAA